AUGGUGAGAUUUCUUGGGAUUGAAAGUCUGACCCUUCUCUCUCUUCUGAUGGGCAUUACAGAGGCCCAGCCACCUCCAGCUUGUGGCCGAUUUAUCCCCUCUUCCCGAAUAGUAGGAGGUUCAGUCGCUGAGGUGGGUUCAUGGCCAUGGCAGGCCAGCGUACAGAUAUUAGAGUCACAUCACUGUGGGGGAACCCUCAUUGCCUCACGCUGGGUUCUCUCAGCAGCACAUUGCUUUGCCAGUCUCUCAGAUCCCUCUUUAUUUGCCAUUCUUUUGGGAUCCUACAAUCUCUCCAAUCCUGGACCAGAGUCGGUACUAGUAAAUGUGAAGCAAAUUAUCAUACACUCCAACUACACUGCGCUCAUAAAAGGCCAAGAUAUUGCGCUAAUAGAACUUGAAACCCCUGUGAAUUUCACCCAGCAUAUCCAGCCUGCCUGUUUACCAGGAUCUCCCAUUGUCUUCCCUCCCAGAUUGGGUUGUUGGGUUGCAGGCUGGGGGAACAUUGGACCACAAGUCCCACUUCCUGAACCUGAGCUUUUGCAGGAAGUGCUUCUUCCCCUUAUUGACAGGGCUACCUGUGAGACUCUUUACAGUGACUACAAAGAGCCUGGGAUAGUGGAAGUAAUAAAAUAUGACAUGAUAUGUGCAGGCUACAUGGAAGGAGGGAAGGAUGCUUGCCAGGGGGAUUCAGGGGGACCAUUGCUUUGUCCAUGGAAUGGAGAUUGGGUUUUGGCUGGUGUAGUGAGCUGGGGAGAUGUUUGUGCUGCUCCCAAACGUCCUGGUAUUUAUAUUCGGGUUAGUGCCCACACCAGCUGGAUUUUGAGACAUGCUCCAGAAGUAAAAUCUAGUUUCAUUAAUGCCCUAAACCUAACUACCCCUUGCAAUGGAUGUUCCUUGGUUGCUUUUGCUAAUAUAGCUAUGCUUCUUUCAUUAAUUAACAAUAUUAUAACUAUUAUUUUUAUAUAUUAA